ACCCCACCAAAAGUGCAGAGGUCGGGAGUGUGUCACGCAAAAAUCAACAGCUUUGUUGGGAAAUGACGUGGCGGGCGCGUACACCAUCCCUGAGUACAUCCGCAGAGAAAAAAUAUAUGCAACUGGGAAAAUGUCUCCAUCCAUUUAUUAUUUUAUUACGUUUGAAUAUCUCCCACAUUCUUAUAAUAUUACAUUUUUUAUGAACGUUUUGCUUGAAUUCUCGAAACCCUCCUUGGAUAUAUCUUACAGAGGAUUGAAUUCUAGCUUCGAAUCCGCAGCCUUUACCGGGCGGCUGGAUGUGGUUGGUUGUUUCGGCUUCCUCUGGAGUAAAGCAGCGAUUUUUUGAAAGAUUUUGGGGGCUUGGAUCUGUGGAUCGGUGCAGGCAGGGGUCUGAGGUUGGAUUCCCGUUCGUUUGAGCCAAGUUUCGGCGAAAAAUUCGUGCAAGGGCACUUGCUUUCAUGCAGAUUGGUGAAAACUUUAUGUAUUCGGCCGUAGACGCAUUCGGAGCUCGACGAUGCAGGAAUAAGACGGCCGUGCAAACCUUUCAUCAGUUUGUCUUCGGGUUCUACAAUUAUCCGCUGUUUUCGCCUUCCUGACAUUUUUCUAAUAGUUUAGCUAGCGGUGAUAUUGGAUACGAUGAAGACAAUCACGGAUUCAUAACAGUGACGCGGGGUUUUGCUUUUUGACGGGUAAUUAUUAUUGUGGGAGCGGGCUUGAGAAGAUGGCGCAGGGCGAUGCAGCGAAUGGCGACAGGACGAGCCCAGUGCUGGAUCGGAGUAGAGUUCGUAUUUUACUUUGCGACAAAGAUCCCAAGAAUUCACAGCAAGUAUUGGAGUUGCUUCAAAAUUGUUCAUAUCAAGUAACGGCUGUCAAUACAGCAAGGCAGGUCAUUGGCGUUCUAAAUGCAGAGAGCCAGGAAAUCGAUCUUAUUUUGGCCGAGGUGGAUCUGCCUAAAGACAAAGGCUUUAAGAUGUUAAAGCACAUUAUGAGGGAGGAGCACUUACGGCGAAUACCUAUAGUUAUGAUGUCUUCUCAGGACGAGGUAACCAUUGUUAUGAAGUGCUUAAAACUGGGAGCAGCUGAUUACCUCGUAAAGCCACUUCGUAUCAAUGAGCUUCUCAACUUGUGGAUUCACAUGUGGAGAAGAAGGCGAAUGCUGGGAUUGGCAGAGAAGAAUGUUAUUGGUAGAAACUUGAACCAUGAUUUUGAUUUGCUCGCAUCAGAUCCCAGCGAAUCCAACACCAACAGUAACACUUUGUUCUCAGAUGAUACUGAUGACAAGAAACUAAGAAGCUGCACUGGACCUGAAACCAGUACUCUAGCCACACCUCCUGAGUGCCAGUCAAAGAAUUCUCCUAUGUUGGAGCUUUCUCUAAAGCAUUCAUCUGAUUUUCAGUUUGAAGCUCCACAACCUGGUCCUUUGGCAGGAAGAUUUUCUUCUUAUCCAAAGAAAAGUGAGUUCAAGAUUGGUGAGUCGUCAGCUUUCCUUGCGUAUGUCAAAGCAAGCAUCCAAGCAAAAAAGACACCAAAUUUAUGCAGUGUAGGUGAAGAAAAAUCUUGCCAACAAGAGCUACCUGUUCCCCAAAACCAUUCUAAAGUAUGUGCAUCAUCAACAGGAGCUAAUUCUAGUAGCCCACUUAAGAGUUUGGAAGCUGUGAAAACUUCCAGUCAAAGCAAUGAGGUGCGCUGCAGGGAUGGGUUGGAACUUAGGUCAACUAAUUUGUCUGUGCCUCCCAAAAUCGUGAAUGGAGAGGAAGCAGCAGGUGAGCAGUUCUCUGUGGGUCAGUCAGGUGUUCAAAAUGAAGGCCAUGGACAUGUAAAUGGUCUUGAUGUUUCUUCUCUAGCACCUUCCCAAUUUGUAACAGAGAUGAUGAAUUGCUCCCCAAUGUCAGCACCAAUGCAAUUGUGCCAUGGAGUGCCUCAUAAUGUUAGAGGACACAUCAAUCCAGGAAUGAUACCAUUUCAUAUGAUGCCACCAUGUCAUGGCAUGCCUGUAAAUGCAGCUCUCUCAUAUUAUUCAUUUGGACUUCAUCUAGGACCUGCACAACUUGGCCAUUCACAUGCUUGGCCAUCUUUGGCUAAUGUGUCUGUUGCUGAACCCAAGAUCAGUCAAAUGGAAAGAAGAGAAGCAGCUUUGAAUAAAUUCAGACAAAAAAGGAAAGAUCGGUGUUUUGAUAAGAAGAUACGUUAUGUUAGUCGAAAGCGCCUAGCAGAGCAGAGGCCUCGAAUCAGAGGUCAAUUUGUGAGGCAAACUAAUGAUACAGAAAUUGGUGCUAGAGGUGUUCUUGAUGAUUCCGAGGAUGAGGACGAUGAGUAUGGACGAGACUUCUCACCUGAAACUUUGGCUAGAGUCUCUCAGAAUGCUAACCAUAGAUCAUAUCGAGCUCAGAUUUGAAUCAUUAUAGCCUAAUAAAAAGACUGAGGCUCCCUUUUAUUUCUAGCUUCCCCACUGUUAACUUUUGCUCAUCAAUGUCGCAUUCCAGUUAAACUUUUAUCUAAUUUAUUUAUUCAGGAUUUUAAUCUA